UACUUCCGUUGCAAUGGAGUGAUGUCAAUGUAAAUAAUGUUUCAUUCAUGUCAUCUUUAGAGGAUUAAAACGCUUCCAUAUCUGUAAUAACGAUGUCGUGUGGCGGAACGGAGUCGGUGGACGUAUCUACCAACUCACCAAUCACAAAAACUGGAUAUUUGCGUAGAUAUAACAAGGGAUUUCUCUCAAAUGGAUGGAAACAAAACUUGUUCAAGCUGCAUGCAGACAGUACCCUGGCAUGGUAUGAAAGUCAGAGCAGUUAUGAAGCCAAAGGAGGCAUUAGAGUGAAGGAUACAUGUCAGUAUUUGGCAGUUGGGCCAGUAUGUCAACAAGUCCCCAACAGGCCUGACCCGCCCCCUGGUGGACAAGUCUCCAACAUGAUGGCCAUACCCCGGAAAAACAGCAAACAGGCUGACAUGGUGUGGAUGAUAUUCUCUGAUCAGAACGAACUGAAUUCUUGGAUGACAGAAAUGGUGAAAACGCUACCUCCACCCCCACAGCCACCCCAGGGAACACCCAGUGCUCCUCAUCCAGGUGGCCCACCCCCACCAGGCUUCAACCCUGGAGUAACAGGUGCUCCUCCUCAUUAUCCUCCAUCCCAGUCAAGCCAAGCCCCACCCCCUUACUAUCAGGGUCCGCAGCAAAGGCAAGGUAAUGUGCCCUACCCCCAGCAGCGAGGUGGACACUACCCCCAGCAGCGAGGAGGAUACAAUGGAGGGAACACUACUGUUGUUGUACAGGACCGGGGCAGGAGAGGGUCAGGGGAUGGUCUUGCAACAGGCAUGCUGAUGGGAGCUGCUCUUGGUUAUGGCAUGAGUCGACCUUGGGGCUUUGGCUAUGGGUGGGGGCAUGGGGGUUACGGGGGUUACGGAGGCUGGGGAUCUGGAGGCUACCAUGAGGGUGACAACAUCACUGUCAACAACCAUUAUGAUGUUGACAAUACAAACAUUGAAAACACAAACAUUACAGAGAAUAACGUAGAGAAUAACUAUGAUCAGGGGGGACAUGAUCAGGGAGGUUAUGAUCAGGGGAUAUGAUCAGGGAGGUUAUGAUCAGGGGAUAUGAUCAGGGAGGUUAUGAUCAGGGGGGAUAUGAUCAGGGAGGUUAUGAUCAGGGGGGAUAUGACGAUGGAGGAUAUGACGAUGGAGGAUAUGAUGGGGGAUAUGAUGACUUUGGGGGUGGUGAUGAUUUUGGUGGAGGUGAUUUUGAUGGGGGUGAUUAAAAUGUUGUUAUAUUUUGAUCUUGUGAUAAUCGAAACUAUUCUUCAGGGGUCAAAUGAUAUAUUGUUUCUCUUUGGAGGAUAUAUGAGUAAUUGCCUCCUGUGAAUUACGUCCUGUGUCUUACCACUUGGUGUUUACAAAUCACUUAGUGAAACUUGUUGACUUCAUCUGUGCCAUAAAGCCAUGCUCAUAAGUACUCAUAGUUACUUCGUCCUCGUGGCUGAAUGUUGCAAGUGUAAUUAUGGCACAUUCUCUGCAGUAAACUGACACAUCUUUUCUGAAACAACAAGGUCUUUGAAGCUGAAACCAAGCAUAGAUGAUCUUAGCUAAUCACAUGACACGGACCAAAUCUUGAACACCACGUCCAUGUUGGUAAUAUUUGUACAUAUCUGCAUGUGAUAUUAAUAGAUCCUAUACAAUAUCUGUUUAAGCAUUGGAAAUAACAUCUGGUGAUACUGUUACAGUUUGGUUGUUUAACCUACUGCGACUUUUAGCCCACAUGCCUAUUAACGAGUUAUGUUCAUGAUGUCUGACCAGCCUUAACCUUGGACCAAAGUCUGGAUAUCAAAGUGCUCCGUUACUCUAGUACGUGUAUUGUGAAAUCUAUGCAAUGACGAUAUCUGUCUUUUAAUUUCUUUGUAAGGCUUUUCAGAUGUUAUUAUAUUGAGGACACAAUGAGAUGUGAUGAUGACCUAUAGAUCUAUCCUGUAGGUAUAUACUGUGCCUUUAUAACAUGGACGUGUCAGGAUGGAGUUCAGAAGAAUCCCAACAAUCAUGUGUUUCUGUGAGUAGUUGCUGUAUGAUGCACCUGCAGGUGAAGCUGAUGUUGAUGGGCCUAUCACUGUCCAAGGACCACUUAUCAUAUGUCAAUUUCAUGACUGAACAACACAAAGACAGGAGACAGUGUUAAUACAAACUUGUCUUAUCUCUACACAGUUCCAGAUUGUUAACAUUAGCAUCCAGUUAACUGAAUGUUCUUUUAUUCAGACCAUGAACAAGAAAAGAGCACAAUGUUUGACAAUUGUGGUGGAAAUUUAGGGAGGCCUGAGGCUCUAUUGUAUCCACAGGCUGUGUCUCAAAAUGUGCCAAUAAUAUUUCUCCGAACUACAACCAAAAUUAUUACAACCUUUUUGGAUUAGAUUUGCAAAUUAGUCUCUGAAUGAAAAGAAACAUACUUAUGACAGGUAUGGCAACAGGAAAAUCUAUUUUCAGCUGAAAGCUUAAUACUGCGUCAUCGAUUCAGCCUUUCCAAACGGAUUUAGCCGAUUCACAGAAUUGAACAAUUUGAAAUAAAAUACUAGUAGGUGGAAAUCUGCGGGACAGUAGAAAAUUGCCAUGCCUGUAAUGAAAAUAUAUGAAGUUGUGUACAUUAUUGCAUCACUGUGCAUCUGUUGGUGAGAUGCAUUGUUUCCAUGUCAGGAGGCUAAUACUGUAUUUUCCUCUAAAGUGCUACCCAUGUAUGGCAAGAUACACAUGAGACACUAGUCCUCCUGUAAGGUAUCUAGGGACUUUCAUCUUCACUUCACACACUGGAUGUUGCCUAUUGUCAAACGAAUGACCAGUGGUCCGAGCACUUCUGGGGGCAAUCCAGUAUUGAUUCCAUUACCUUGUAUAUUCACAUUCCAUUUCCUAUGUAUAUUGUUUACAGAAGCUGGUCUUAUAAUCUGCACAGAAUAUACUUGCUUGUAGACAGUGGUCAGUGUGAUUACCAGUGAACACUUACAAGUGCUUAUUCUAGGCUUAUACAGAAACAAAACUCUUGAGACAAUAUUGAGUUUAAAAGAAUAUGUUAUUUUGCUAUCAUAAAACUGUUGGAAUAUUUU